CAUUGAAGAUCCCUGUGGUACCUUGGGAUCUUGUCAGGAGUUGUGCAUGGUGGGGCAGAGUGCAGGUGCCUGGUGGUGAGUAGGUGCCACUCUGGCAUUCUCAUGGUGUGCUCGUGUCUGCCUGUUGCAGCCACCUACCCUUGGCACUGCAGAGGGAAGAGAGGCUCAGCUGCAGCCUGGCAAAACCUGAGGACACGGAUUUGUGUUGUCCAAGGGAGGUGUGGGUGAGUGCUGCUGGUUACCCAGCAAGGGCCAUGAGCUGCCUGGCUGCAGGGUGAGCUCCAGCCCAGGUGAGCACAGGCAGGUCCCACCCCUACCCUGUCAGGGCUUGGUCUGCAGCCCUGCAGCCUGAAAAUGGAAAGUGGCAAGUUUCACAUAAAUGGGAGGAAGAACUUUGCUGUGAGGGUGAGUGGAACAGGUUACCCAGUGAGGUUGUAGAGUCUCCUUCUCUGAAUAUACUAAAAAGCCAUCUGAACAGAGCCAUGGGUACCCAGGGAGCCCUACUUCAACAGGAGGCUGGACUAGAUGACUUCCAGUGGUCCCUUCCAACUUCUCCCGUCCUGGGAUUCUGACUCUGACCUGUGGAGACUUGGCACAAAGUCCCAGCAGUGCUGCCCACCCGGGGAGUGACAGGUAAGGCGUGCACUCCCCUGGGAGGGCGAGCGUGGGUGUAGGAAGGGCACAAGUGUCUGUGUGUGUCCGUGUGAGAGUGUCCCUGUGUCUGUGCGCGUCAGGGCGGGCCUGUCCGUGUGUGUCUUCCCGUGCCCCUGAGUGUCUCCGAGUGUCCCUGAGUGUCCGUGAGUGUCCCCGUGUCUGUCUGUCCGUGCCUGGCGGUGCGGCGGUGCUGCGGCACCAUCUCGUGGCCAUCGGGACCGGUCUCCGCGGGCAGAGCCGGCGGUGGGGAGCCCCGGGGUGGGGACAUGGAUGGAUACGACGCUGACGUUGGAAAGGGGUAAGGCUGUUGAAAAUAUGCAGAAGUUUGUUUAUAAAUUUGGCAAGAAAAGUGCAAUGAAACCCAGCAAGCAGAAGCUGAGCUUUUAUAGAAGCAGCUGAAAAUGGAAGAAACUUAAAUGCAGCCAUUGCAAUUACCCAUUGGGAAGCAAUGGAUAUCCUGGCAGUUUGCCUCAAAAUGAGCAUCCCACAGGAUGCCCUGCGCUAGCCAGGAGCUCUGGGUGUCACCAUGGGAGGGUCUUCGGCUUGCACUGGGGUGCAGCACACAACUGUUGAACCACAAAUGUUUCCCUGUUUAUAAGCAUUAAUAAAAUGGCUUCGAAACUGCACUUUUAGCUACAUAAGGCAAAUGCUGAGGAAUGAAACAGCUGUCUGCUGUGUCAAUGGGGGGAGUGUUUGUGAAACUGGUGAGUUACCCUGCUGGAGAUAGGGGUCCACAGAGACCAUGGCUGUAAACAGGCUGGCCUGGAGAUCUUCAGCUUUCCCUGGAUGUGACGAGUCAAGUGGUGACAGCAGAUAACGCCUGGGAGUACGUGACUGCGUCCCCUCCAAGGGGUUUCUGCUGUGGCCUCCUGCACUUCGGGCACAGCUCCCCUGCCGGCUCCCCGGCCGUCCCUUAUCUCCGCACACAGACUUGUGUCCUGACCUCACGUGAAACUGAGCCUCGUGCCUGGGACGUGGAUAAAGAGCUGGCCAGGUGAUGAGACUCCCAUCCGGUGUCCUCACUCCUCCAUGGUAUGGCUCGCCCCGGUGGCUGAACUCGUUUUCAAGUGCUCAGCCAAGACAAUGUACCAGCAUUUCCUUUUCCUUUUCCUCCUGUCCUUCAAUCCCCAUAAAUGCCAAGAUCAAAUCCUGGGUGAAGAUCAAUAUGAAAUGCCCAAAGACUACCAGGAGGUCUACAGAGGGACAAAAAAUGAUGUCAAAGAGAUCCCAAAGAUUGCAAAACCCUUUGUUUCUGAGAUGAUCUUUGUGCAAACCAGCAUCACUUCUAUAAGUAAAGGUGCCUUCAGGUACAUGCCCAACCUGAUCAAGAUUUUGUUCAUUGGCAACAAGAUCAAGACUGUUGAACCUGGAGCCUUUGAUAAUUUGGACAAGUUGAGGGACUUGGACAUCUCUGGUGCCUCAUUAGAAAAACUGUCUGUGGGCACUUUCCAAAACCUCCCAAGUUUACAGAGGCUGGAGCUGAGAGAGAGCCAGCUCAGAUCCAUCCCCAAAGGCCUGUUUGAUGGGCUGGAAAGUUUGGGAGAGCUCUCCCUGCACGUCAAUGCAAUCUCUUCUCUUCCAGAAGGCAUUUUUGAUUCUCUUGUCAAUCUAACUUUUUUGGACCUGUCUAGAAAUAGGAUCACAGCUCUUCCUGUGAAUGCCUUUAGCAAACUCACCCAGCUGCAAGUCCUCCGGCUGUAUGAGAAUGAGUUGCAGGACCUCCCAGAGGGACUGCUAGACAGUCAGCUGGAGCUGCAGGAGCUCAGCCUCCAGAGGAACAGGCUCAGGGCACUGCCACCCAUGCUUCUGAGGAGCCUGCCUCACCUGGAGAAACUCCUCUUGGACAACAACCUCAUCAGGGUUCUCCCACCUCAGGGCUUUUUUGGUUUAAACAAACUGAAGUUGCUGACUCUGGGCUCAAACCGUAUUAUGGAGCUCCCCUGCUGCCUUUUUGACACCAUGCCACACUUGCAGGAGCUGGAUCUGGGCAGGAACAGUUUGGCCACACUUCCAGAGGGCAUCUUUGUCAACCUCACAUCCCUUGGCAAACUCAUCCUGUCCCACAACCAGCUAUCAGCCCUGCCAAGAGGGGUCUUCACUGGGCUCAGCAAGCUCUUGGACCUCCAGCUGGACACAAAUCAGCUCUCUGCUCUGGAUGAAGAGGUCUUUGCUUCUCUCCCAAAUCUGAAAACCCUCAACCUUCGAAAGAACCAGCUGGAGAGUGUUCCCCAAGGGCUCCUAGACCCUCUGAAGAAGCUCAGCUCGGUGUAUCUGAGUGGUAACCCGUGGAGAUGUGACUGCAACCUCUGCUACCUGCACCGCUGGAUCCUGGGCAACAGGGAGAAGGUCAAAUUGUCCACCCAAGUCUUCUGCAAGAGCCCACCCCACCUAGCAGGGCAAGAAAUAACACUGCUGAGGGACGAACACCUGAUUUGCCCAGGUACUCUGCCAUUUAACUCCAUACCAUCACAAAGGAUAUCAACAUUUCUAUCACGUGGAGCUGUGUCCACAGCAGCACCAACCAUGCUGUCAUUGGCAUCCUUUCCCAUCAGGACACUGCCAACCACUCUUUCACCUGUGGUCACUUCUGCUGUGUUGCCAACCGUGCCAAUGGAGGCUGCCUUCACCACUCUGUCCCCAGCCAAGCCAUCAGAGGUCUUUGUCACCAUCCCACCACCAGCUGUGCUGCAGAAGGCCUUCAGCACCAGCCCAACAACACCCAAUAAGCCCAAGAACUCCACCACCACACCAUCAACAACCAGUGUGCCAAAGUCCUCCAUCACCACCCCAUUACCAACUGUGCUACCAAAAGCCUUCAUCACCACCUCAUCAUCAGCUGUGCUGCCAGACACCUCCAUCACCACCUCAUCACCAGCUGUGCUGCCAAAGGCCUCCACUGCCACACCACCAUCAUCAGCUGAGAUGCCCAAGGCUUCCAUCACCACCCCAUCACCAGCUGUUUUAACUUCAGCAAUCGUAAGGCUACAGACUCCAGGGGCCACCCACCCAGAACCUGUGUCACCCACUCCAGCUUCUGCCACCACACAGGUGCCAACAAGCUCACUGGCAGGCACCACCAGACAGGAGCCUCCUGCUCUCUCAGUGCCCAGGGAGAGGCCAGCCACCAUCCCACAGGGAGCACCCAUAAGCCCCCUUGUCUCACCUUCCUCCGUGGCCCUCUGGCCAUUCCCCAGGACUGCUGCUCUGGGCACAGCCCCGCUGGCCUCGCGUUCACCAUCACACCAUGCUCCUGCACCAGGCAGGGAAUGGGGCUGUUCCACCGCCUGUGACUUGUCCACAGCGGGUGCCCAGCCCACCCCCACUGCUCCCCUAGAGACUCCUGCCCUGGCAGGCACUGUCCUGCUCCCAACACCUCCCAUCCCCACACUAUCAGACAGCACCAGCCCCUCUCCAGCCUCCCUUCCCCUGAUCCCCAGCAGUCAUCGUGCCUGGGGCUUGUCCCUGUGGACCAGCCCAUGGCAGUGCCAGGUGUAUCUGGCCUUGGGGCUGACCGUGCUGGCAGUGCAGGCUGCCUGCACACUGCUGGGGGGGGUGGUCGCCUUCCUUCUUCACCAGGACACCCGCCACCACCCCGUGCCACCGGUGAGGCUGCUGAACCUUCAGGCUCUGGCUGCUCCGGGGACCCCUGAGCCAGCCCUGGCACCUCCUUGAGCUUUGCUGCCCUGUAUGACCUGGGUAGUGCCAGCUGUCCUCCUUUGGGGCUUGCAGCCGUGCUGGCCGCAGCGUGCGCUGUCCCUGGGAUGGGGGUCCCGGCACCCAGGCCGAUCCCAGUGCAGGGGGUCCCAGCAGCCAGGCUGUUUCGCGAUGACUCCUGGCCAUGCCGGGAGCUUGCAAGCCCAUGCGCGGUGUCCCUCCCUGACGGCCCUUCUGCCAAGCGACACUAGAUGGCAUCCCGACACAGGCAGUGGCUGCCACCGCCUGAGCGCGGCCACCGGAACGCCGGAGCCUCCGCACCCGCCGGCCGGGACCCCGCGGUCAGGAGCCGUGGAGGGUCAGGAGCCCCCACCCAGAUCUCCUCCCAUCCCUGGAAGGUGCUCGCAGUCCUUGGAGGAAGAUAUCACAAGGCUUCCUGCCCCGCACCGUGUCUUGUUCCCUGUGCCACGUUACAGGACGUGUCAGUGUCUGUACCACCGUCACACGGACCUCUUCCCCUCUCCCUUUCCUCCUCCCUGAUAUUAAAGCUUCCUCUGCAUGUCUGA